AGCAGCUCGUUUGGGGUCUUUGCGGACGAGAAGGGGCAUGCGUCGCUGGAAGUCUGGAAUGAUGAGGCUGGUGGUGGAGCCGUGGUAUGAGUGCGCAUUGAACAGAGAGUGUAUUGCUCCCCUUGGAUCCAACAAGACCAAUCAUCGGCAAGAUCAAACCAUCCUGAGCAUCCUCUUCUACAAGCAUCGAACUUCCCUUAGCAAACCUGUGGUCUUCACCAGCACAAGAUUGAGAGCUUUCGCCCCGGCCCACAUCAAUCUCCUCACAAGAGACGAGACUGCUUUCAACGAGAUUCUCCUCUUUCAACGCCGCGGUCACCAGCCAUGGCCAUACGCACGACAUCUCUCCCGUCUAGCGAAGUGACACAGGGGACAAGAGCUGCAUGUCGGCAGCGUCAAUACACUCACGUCUCCCUCGUCUCCCUCGUCUCACCUGCCCCCGAGACUUUCUGACGUGCCUGACUGACCUCAGAGUCACUGUAUGCGGAUACCUGACCGAAGAGGAGUCUAGUCACAGGAUACUCUUGAUCCAGUGAGGCAGGCUUGUUCGGCCCCGGGGGUCUACUAAGAGGUCUGUACAGCAACUGAGCUUGCUAGCUAGUCCCCUGAAUCAGUCAAAGGGGGCAGUAGGCGUGUAUAUCUCAAUUCAGUAUGAUUUUGAAUUUUG